GUGCGCGCGGCGUUGAAGAGCGCGAAAGACGCAGCAGCAGCAGCCAGCUGAGCUGAGCUGAGCCAGCAGGAGAGCAGGAAAAGCCGAAGCAAGCAUUGGAGUCAGAGGAGAUGGCUCCCUCGUGACGGGUCGAUUUAAUUCCAGCAACCACCUGACCUCCACUCCUCUCUUCCCCCCACGCUUUUUCUCUCCCACCUCAGCCAGCCCGCCAUUUCUUUCUUCUCGCCCCGCCCCUCUUCCCUCCGACGCCUUCCUCCGUUCCCGGCUCAGUUAGCUGCUUGCUGCACUUGCUCGGUCUGCUGUUCCUCGGGACGCGGUUCUCGGGUUUUUUUUUGCUUGUGCCCUCAGGGUGUUUGUUUGAUUGUGCAAGUCCGGUGUUCCUUGGAGAUCCUUGGUCUGAUGCCGCGGCGCUGCUUCUGACGGCUGGGAGCCUGACAAGGAGGAGGAAGGAGUUCUUUUUGUGUGAGAGGGUUGGCUGGAAUGGAAGGGGUCGAGGCGGCGGAGGCGGCUGCGGCGGUGGCGAGAAUAAGGGUGGUGCGGUGCCCCAAGUGCGACAAGUUCUUGCCGGAGCUGCCCGCGUACUCCGUCUACGUCUGCGGCGGAUGCGGUGCCACCCUCCAAGCAAAGAAAAAGAAGUCAGCCCAAGCUUCGGAUACCUCUGAUAAUGAAAAUGUGAAAUACCUGGAAGUACUGGAGAGUGUGCCAGAGACAUAUGUAGUAACGUCUGGAGCAACCACUGAUUAUAGAUCGGUACCCAAUACAAUGCCACCUUUGCACAGUAGAUCAGUUUACAGCCGUGAUAACAGUCGAAAUACAAGAGAACCAAGCACCUCAAAUGCCAAAACUAACAUUAGAGAUGAUGUCAGGGAGGCUAAAUACAUGCGCUUCCGUAACGGGGAAAAUGGAGAAACUGCGCAUCCAACAACAGUAAGAGGUAUGCCUGACAUAUUUCCAAGGUCACCAAUUGACAGUGUUCCACCCAAUGCAUGCCGAGGAGAAGGCCCUGUUGACCACCAUUUAAAGUCUAGAUACACAUGUUCCAACAGGGAGCAUGGAAAUGAUACUGACUUGGACGGUCCAAGCAGAGUCAGGGGCCUUGAGAAAGAUCGGGCUGAGCUGUUGAAGAUGCUUGAUGAGUUGAGAGACCAGGUUCAGCAAUCCUGCGAGGUAAAUGGGCCGGACACAAGUGCUACAGCCAAUAGAGCAGCAGAUGCCUCAAGUUCAUACAGUACUCAUGAAAGGUCAAGUCAGUUGAGGCAUGAUCCAUCUCAAUUGCAUCGUAAGGGUUCUCAUCACUCUCCAUCCCUGAAUGUGCGGAGUCCUAGCAUUCCACAUGUUUAUGCUCCAUUGCCUACGCAGCAAAACCUUCAUGGAUACGUGGAGCCUAUUGCACAUGCAAGAACCUUUAGCUAUCCUGCUGGUCCUUACCCAUGGAGAAAUUUUGAUAAUUAUUUCUUUGGGCAACAUGAUCCUGAUCCUCUUCUCUCUUGCCACCAUGAAGGUUUCUACCAUCAGGCUGCAUGUUCUUGUUCACAUUGCUAUCACCGGGAGUUCUUGCCUGUACAGGGAACUCCUCUUGGUUUCAAUGAUCAGAGGGCACCGUAUCUUUUGAACAGUUAUGGGGCUUAUCCUGUGGAUGGUCCUUUGCUUGGUCAGCAAAGAUAUAAUUCAAGAGGUGCCAAUACUUCCUUGCAGCGGAAUAACCCGAGAGCCAAUGUAAGCAAGAAGCCCUCACAAAUUUGUGAGCCAAUUGCUGGUGGUGCUCCUUUCACCAUAUGCUACAACUGCUAUGAAGUGCUGCAGCUACCAAACAAACGUUCCUUGUUGAUGAAGGAGUAUAAAUUGCGGUGUGGAUCAUGCUCACAUACAAUUGUAGUCAAGCUUGAUGGAACCAGGCUAGAUGUAUCAGAACUAGCACCAAGUGCACACUUAUCUCCUGCACUGCGAAAUAGCAUCGGUGAUAAUAUGAGAGGCAACGAGUGCACUACUGCUGAUGAGAGCUUGCUUCCACCAUAUUGUUUUUCUGUAGGAAGCCAUCAGUCUCAGGGAAAAGAAAUGCACUCGAAUUUAAGUGAAUCAAAUAGCAAACGUACCCCUCUAGGAACUAAUUCCGAGGACAGUCCGCAGUCCAGGGAUCUUCCUGCUGAACACAAUGUGGUUUCCCGCACACCGAGUGAUCAUUGUGGAUCCUCACCAUCUGAAGGUUCUGGAAUAGGAAGCAGAUCUACCCGUUCUGAACAUGAAAAGGCUAUACUAUUAACUGAAGGUUGCAAGCAGAACUCAAUCAAAGAUGUAUGUGUAGCAAAUGAGAUGCAGUCGUCAGACAAUGAAUUUGAUGAUCCUGAUUACACACAAGAUAUAUUAAAUGUGCCACAAGAUUCUGGCCACACUAGGGUAACAAAGGUGGGUGAUUCAUUUCUCACCAAUCUAAUAAAAAGGAGCUUCAAAAUGAACAGUGGAAUGCGCAAUGGAAGAGCAAGGGUUUUUGUAAAUGGUGUCCCUAUCACUGAUCGUUCGGUCAGGAAGGCCGAGAAGCUAGCUGGAGCAAUAUAUCCUGGUGAUUAUUGGUAUGACUACCGUGCUGGCUUCUGGGGUGUUGUUGGGCAGCCCUGCCUUGGCAUGAUACCGCCUUACAUCCCAGAGUUUAACUACCCUAUGACUAAGAACUGUGGUGGUGGAAACACCAGCAUAUAUAUUAAUGGUAGAGAACUCCACCAGAAGGAUUUGGAUUUACUUGUCGCUCGAGGACUCUCUGAUUCCCCUGAAAGAUCUUAUAUAGUUGAAAAUUCAGGGAAAGUUACAGAUGAAGCAUCUGGUGAAGAGCUUUAUGGCCUUGGCAAGCUUGCACCAACUGUUGAGAAAAUGAGGCGUGGAUUUGGUAUGCGAGUCCCAAAAGUCAUGGUGACGGGUCAACGCAGGACAAUCACAGGCGGUGUCGAAGCUCGGGGAUAAAUCAACGGCACGUAGCUGCGUAUGAAACCAGAGAGAUUUAGCUGUGGAGAUGAUUAGAAGAAGAAGCUCUUGCAGCUUGGGUAGAUUUUCAGAAUCCGUUUUCUGCUUCAGAUUGUGAGGCUCGUGCUUUCUCCUGCUUUUUUAAGUUCUUUAUCUGAGGCCUCCUGGCUCCUAUAAUAUGUAAUAUGUUCCGCAAUUUGGAGGUGUUGUAAUUUUGAUUUUUUUUCUUUCGAAAAAGAGUGAAAAUCUCGGCCUCUGCAUCAAUCGAUGCGUACAGCUUUUUCUUUGGCUGAAAAGAGAGUAGUCGAUUGUUUUGUUUGCGUUCUA